AUGAGCGACAACACGAGCAACAACAGCGGGGAGGUGCCGCACAACUGCCCGGGUCCGGAGUCGGAAAAGGCAGGAAAGGAGGACGCGUGCAAGGGUUGCCCCAGCCAGCAGGCAUGCCAGGAGGCGCCCAAGGGGCCGGACCCCGACCUCGAUCUCAUCACGCGACGACUCGAGGCAGUGCGCCACAAGGUGCUGGUGCUCUCGGGCAAGGGCGGUGUGGGCAAGAGCACGUUCUCCUCCCAGCUCUCCUUCGCAUUUGCCGCAUCGGGUGAGACGCAGGUCGGCCUGCUCGACAUCGACAUCUGCGGCCCAUCCAUCCCCAAGAUUGUGGGUCUCGAGGGUGAACAGAUUCACUCGAGCAAUAUCGGCUGGUCACCCGUCUACGUCCAGGACAACUUUGCCGUCAUGUCCGUCGGGUUUCUUCUCAGCAAUCCGGACGACGCCAUCAUCUGGAGAGGACCCAAGAAGAACGGGCUGAUCAAGCAGUUCUUGAGGGACGUAGACUGGGGCGACCUGGACUACUUGAUCAUCGAUACUCCUCCGGGCACGUCCGAUGAGCACCUUUCCAUCACACAGUACCUCAAGGCGGCGCAGGUAGACGGCGCCGUAAUUGUCACAACCCCGCAGGAAGUGGCGCUGGCCGAUGUAAGGAAGGAGAUCAACUUUUGCAAGAAGGUGGGCGUGCCGGUGAUUGGUGUGGUGGAGAACAUGAGCGGGUUUGUUUGCCCCAAGUGCAAGACUGAGACGCAGAUCUUUGCGCCGACCACCGGCGGCGCGGAGAAGAUGGCCACCGAUUUCGGUGUGCCGUUCCUGGGCCGCAUUCCGCUGGACCCGCAGCUGGCGCGGGCAUGCGAUGAGGGACAGUCCUACGUUGACCGAUGCCCCGACUCUGCCGGUGCCAAGGCUUUCCAUGCCGUCUUCAACCGGAUCACCGAGAUCGUCAAGGCCAACAAGACGGCCGCGUAG